CUUAAGGAAGGAUUUGAUGGUGUUGUUAAUGGUGAUGAGAUUAUCAAAUUUUGUAGAGAUCAUUUGCCUCAUUAUAUGGCUCCCAAGACUGUAGUGUUUCAAGAGUUACCAAAGACUUCAACUGUCUUGUAAUCUCUGGCCAAUUCAUUUCACUCUGCUUCCUCUGCUAAGUCUAACAAUGAUGAUCAAACACUCAUUCACUCGUUUCGCUCGUGCUCUAAAUCCUUCUCACUACUCCAAAUUCAAUCGUUCAUAUUCCAAGUUUGAAGAACCAGAAUCAUGGAAAUCAAUGGAUGGUUUACUUCGUUGCUCUGCAAAUUAUGUUCCUUUGUCUCCCAUAGGCUUCUUAGAGAGAUCAUCAAAGGCUUACACAGACAAUACUUCACUUGUUUAUGGCUCUACAAGUCACACAUGGAGUGAAACUCACCAACGUUGUCUUAAACUAGCUUCUGCCUUGGCCAACAUGGGAAUUUCACGUGGAGAUGUGGUUGCUACCUUUUCAUACAACCUUCCACAAAUCUACGAGCUUCAUUUCGGUGUUCCAAUGGCUGGUGGGAUUCUCUGUACACUCAAUGCUCGACUUGAUUCGUUCAUGGUGUCAGCAUUGCUAAGACACUCAGAAGCCAAAGUCAUCUUUGUUGACAACCAAUUACUCGAUAUUGCUCAAGGAGCACUACAGUUGCUCGCUCAAUCAGACACAAAGCCUCCCAUUUUAGUGCCACUUACAGAUUCUGACUAUGAAACUCUUCUGGCUACCGGAACAGAUCAGUUUGAGAUUUUAAGGCCGCAUACCGAGUUGGAUCCAGUCGCCAUAAACUACACCUCGGGAACAACUGCCCGCCCCAAAGCUGUUGUCUACAGUCACCGUGGGGCUUACUUAAACUCCUUAGCCACUGCUCUGCUUUUGGGGUUGAGAGACAUGUCUGUCUGCCUGUGGAGCAUGCCUAUGUUCAACUGCAACGGCUGGGACGUCUUGUGGGCUUCAGCGACUCAAGGUGCUGCUAACAUAGUCAUAAAUAAAGUCACUCCACAAGCCAUUUAUGAUAAUAUAGCUAUGCACAAUGUGACACACAUGGGAGCUGUGCCAACCGUCAUGAACAUGAUUGUUAACUCCUCUGUCUGUGAGCGUAGGCUGCUGCAGCACACGGUGGAGGUCUUAACAGGCGGUGCACCAGCACCGCCCCAGAUUCUUGCGCGGAUGGAAGAGAUGGGGUUUCGAAUAAAUCAGAUUUAUGGCCUUACCGAAACUUAUGGUGCUGCCACUAACUGUGUAUGGAAGCCAGAAUGGGAUGCUUUGCCUCUUGAUGAGCGGUCUAUGUUAAAAGCUCGACAAGGGCUUCGCCAUCUCGCCAUGGAGGAAGUGGAUGUUAAGGAUUCGGUGACCAUGGAGAGUGUGAAGGCCGACGGGGAAACAAUUGGCGAGAUUAUGUUCAGGGGAAACACUGUGAUGAGUGGUUACUUUAAAGACUUGAAAGCAACAGAAGAAGCAUUUAAGGGAGGUUGGUUUCAUAGUGGAGAUCUUGGGGUGAAAUAUGAAGAUGGUUAUAUAGAAAUCAAGGAUAGAAUGAAGGAUAUAAUCAUAUCAGGGGGUUUGAACAUAAGCAGUGUUGAGUUAGAGACUGUUUUGUAUAGUCACGAGGCCGUGUUUGAGGCUGCUGUCGUUGGACGCCCCGAUAGCCAUUGGGGAGAGACGCCUUGUGCUUUUGUGACACUCAAAGAGGGAUUUGAAGGUGUGAAUGAAGACCAACUUAUCACAUUUUGUAAGGAUCGUUUGCCUCAUUAUAUGGCUAUAAAGACUGUCGUUUUCGAUGAGUACUUGCCUACAAAUUCAAAUGGGAAAGUACAGAAGUUCAUUCUGAGGUUAAGAGCAAAGGCCAUGGGAAGCCUUUCUUGAACUAACUCGCACAAAUAUAUGUAUGUGUCACUAUGUUUAAUGCUAUUUUUAUUGAUAAUAAACAUACCAAAUAUGCUUUUUAAUACAACAUAAACAUGUUUAUGGU